AGUUUUGUCUCAGUUUGUCUCAUGUAGAAUGUAGUUUUCAAACAUGAAAACCUGCUCUGACUGGGGGUUUGAGGCUCAGAGAUGAAACUGUAAAUGACUCCUUAGUUUUUCUUCAUAUUCCAACUCCCCCAUAAUCAGAACUGAUUCCAUCUGCUUGUCCAACAUUCCAGAUCCUGAAUCAGUGGUUAGAAAUCAGAGUGAAAGUGGUGGACGGUCAGUUUGUGGCUGCUGGAGGAAGCAGUGUGUUGAUCAGAACCUGCAGUUUGUGACUCUGCUGCUCCUUCAGUCAGGUUUUAAUUAGACUCAGUCCAUUUGUUGGUCUUUAACAUGAAAAAGGUUGAAUGUUGAAAUAAUCCGUCACAUGAACUGAGUGGGAAUCAGCCUGUAAAAUGUGCUCUUAUUGUGAAAGUCUGCCUGCUGCUUCCUCAUAGGUGGAGUCCUGACUGGUUCCAGGAAACAGAUCACCUGUCUGAGCGUCCAGGAGUGGACUGGAAACUUUCUUCUUCUUCUUCAGCGCUUUGAAUAAAGUGUGAAGGUAGAAAGUGUGUGUGAGCUGCUGUGAGUUGAGCAGCAUGGAUGAGUGUGAGGACAGAGAGGAGGGAGUCCCUCCCUCUAAAAGCUCUCUGUGUGGGGAACAGGAGAACCAGAGCAAAGCUCAGAGGAAUCCACCUGGACCUGGACCUGGACCUGGACCUGGACCUGGACCUGGAUCCAGCUGUGUGUCCUUCAAGAGUGACCAGUCUAAGGGUCAGCCCAUUUUCUUUAAAGAUCAUCAACCUCCUGCUGCAGAGAAAAUCCAUCAGAGACCACAGUCCUCUGGACCUGGACCUGGACCUGGACCUCCAUCCAGCUGUGUGUCCUUCAAGAGUGACCGGUCUAUGGGUCGUCUUACUGACUUUAAAGGAGAACCAGGUCCUGCUGCAGAGGGAGUGGAGCAGCAGAACUCAGAGGUUCCCAGAGUUCAGUCUGUCCAGCAGCAUCACCUGGACUCCAUAUUCAUGCUGCUGGAGGACAAUAUGGUGACUUUUGUGAAGAAGGAGCUGAAGAAGAUGCAGAAGGUUGUGAGUCCAGAUUACCCAGAAUGCUCCUCAGAGAGUCAGAGGGAGGAUGAGGAGGAGUUGGAGGGUGAUGAUGAAGAGCAGAGGAGCAGCAGAGAGAUGUUUCAGCAGAUCACAGUGUUGUUCCUGAGGAGGAUGAAGCAGGAGAAGCUGGCUCACUGUCUGCAGAACAAACUUGCUGCUGGAGUUUGUGGACGUAAACUUAAAUAUGGUCUGAAGAAGAAGUUCCAGAGAGUGUUUGAGGGCAUCGCUAAAGCAGGACAGUCGACCCUCCUGAAUGAGAUCUACACAGAGCUGUACAUCACAGAGGGAGGGACUGCAGAGGUCAAUGAUGAACAUGAGGUCAGACAGAUUGAAGCAGCAUCCAGGAAAGCAGACAGAGCAGAAACAAGCAUCAGAGCAGAAGACAUCCUGAAAGGCUCACCUGGAAGAGAUGGACCAAUCAGAACAGUGAUGACAAAGGGAGUGGCUGGCAUCGGGAAAACAGUGUUAACACAGAAGUUGACUCUGGACUGGGCUGAAGACAAAAGCAACCAGGACAUCCACUUCAUGUUUCCAUUGACUUUCAGAGAGCUGAAUGUGCUGAAAGAGAGAAAGUUCAGCUUGAUGGAACUUGUUCAUCACUUCUUCAGUGAAACUAAAGCAGCAGGAAUCUGCAGCUUUGAAUACUUCCAGGUUGUGUUGAUCUUUGACGGUCUGGAUGAGUGUCGCCUUCCUCUGGACUUCCACAACAAUGAGGUCCUGACUGAUGUUAGAGAGUCCACCUCAGUGGAUGUGCUGCUGACAAACCUGAUCAGGGGGAAGCUGCUUCCUUCUGCUCGCCUCUGGAUAACCACACGACCUGCAGCAGCCAAUCAGAUCCCUCCUGACUGUGUGGACAUGGUGACGGAGGUCAGAGGGUUCACUGACCCACAGAAGGAGGAGUACUUCAGGAAGAGAUUCAGAGAUAAGAGGCAGGCCAGCAGCAUCAUCUCCCACAUGAAGAAGUCACGAAGCCUCCACAUCAUGUGCCACAUCCCAGUGUUCUGCUGGAUCACUGCUACAGUUCUGGAGGAGCUGCUGGAAACCAGAGAGGAAGGAGAUCUGCCCAGAACCUUGACUGAGAUGUUCAUCCACCACCUGGUGGUUCAGGCUAAAGUCAAGAAGGUCAAGUAUGAUGGAGGAGCUGAGACAGAUCCACACUGGAGUCCAGACAGCAGGAGGACGAUUGAGUCUCUGGGAAAACUGGCUUUUAAUCAGCUGCAGAAAGGAAACCUGAUCUUCUAUGAGUCUGAUAUGACAGAGUGUGGCAUCGAUGUGGAAGCAGCCUCAGUGUACUCAGGAGUGUUCACACAGAUCUUUAAAGAGGAGAGAGGGCUGUACCAGGACAAGGUGUUCUGCUUCAUCCAUCUGAGUGUUCAGGAGUUUCUGGCUGCUCUUCAUGUCCAUCAGACCUUCAUCAACUCUGGAAUCAACCUGCUGGAAAAACAACAGCAAACAACCUCCAACAAACCCGAUCCAACAGUUUUCUACCAGAGAGCUGUGGACGAGGCCUUACAGAGUCCAAACGGACACCUGGACCUGUUCCUGCGCUUCCUCCUGGGUCUGUCACUGCCCACCAAUCAGAAUCUCCUACGAGGCCUGCUGACACAGACAGGAAGUAGCUCACAGACCAUUCAGAAAACAGUGAAGUAUAUCAAGGAGAAGAUCAGUGAGAAUGUGUCUGUAGAGAGAAACAUCAAUCUGUUCCACUGUCUGAAUGAACUGAAGGAUGUUUCUCUAGUGGAGGCGGUCCAACAGUCCCUGAGAUCAGGACGUCUGUCCACAGAUGAACUGUCUCCUGCUCAGUGGUCAGCUCUGGGCUUCAUCUUACUGUCAUCAGAAGAACAUCUGGACGUGUUUGACCUGACGAAAUACUCUGCUUCAGAGGAGGCUCUUCUGAGGUUGCUGCCAGUGGUCAAAGCCUCCAAGAAAGUUGUACUGAGUGGCUGUAAUCUGUCAGAGAGAAGCUGUGGAGCUCUGUCCUCAGUCCUCAGCUCCCAGUCCUCCAGUGUGACAGAGCUGGACCUGACUAACAACAACCUGCAGGAUUCAGGAGUGGAGAGUCUUUCUGCUGGACUGGAGAGUCCACACUGUAAACUGGAAGCUCUCAGACUUAGUAACUGUAAUCUGUCAGAGAGAAGCUGUGGAGCUCUGUCCUCAGUCCUCAGCUCCCAGUCCUCCAGUGUGACAGAGCUGGACCUGACUAACAACAACCUGCAGGAUUCAGGAGUGGAGAGUCUUUCUGCUGGACUGGAGAGUCCACACUGUAAACUGGAAGCUCUCAGGCUGUCAGGCUGUCUGGUCACAGAGGAAGGUUGUGCUUCUCUGGCCUCAGCUCUGAGCUUCAAGUCCUCAAAUCUGAGAGAGCUGGACCUGAGCUACAACCAUCCAGGAGACUCAGGAGAGAAGAUGCUGAGAGCUAAAGUGGAGGAUCCAGACUGUAGACUGGAAACUCUCAGGGUGACGCCUGCUGGAGUCCGAUGGUUGACACCAGGUCUGAGGAAGUAUUCCUGUCAACUCACAGUUGACACAAACACAGUAAACAGAAAAGUCAAACUGUCUGACAACAACAGGAAGGUGACACGUGUGGAGGAGGAUCAGUCGUAUCCUGAUCAUCCAGACAGGUUUGACUGGUAUCAGCUGCUGUGUGAAACUGGUCUGACUGGUCGCUGUUACUGGGAGGUGGAGUGGAGAGGAGGGGUUUAUAUAUCAGUGAGUUACAGAAGAAUCAGAAGGAAAGGAAGCAGUAAUGACUGUUUGUUUGGACUUAAUGAUCAGUCCUGGAGUCUGUUCUGCUCUGAUGAUGAUGGUUACUCUGUCUGGCACAAAAACAGUCAAACAUCCAUCAGUUCCUCCUCAGUUUCUCACAGAGUUUCAGUUUAUGUGGACGUUCCUGCUGGAACUCUGUCCUUCUACAGAGUCUCCUCUGACUCUCUGAUCCACCUCCACACCUUCAACACCACAUUCACUCAACCUCUCUAUCCUGGAUUUGGGUUCUUGUGGUCUGGUUCCUCAGUGUUUCUGUGCUGAGUUGAGUCUCCAGAGUCUCCUCCUGGUAGAGAAACAGUGUUGAACAGAUAGUUGAGUCUCUCCAUGACUCUGUCCCUCAGAAACAUGUUUUCACAUUCAUGGAUUAAAUGUGUUUCUUUGUGAAAUCCUUCUAAAUGAUUCCUUGUAAACUUGUUCCUCUUCAAAGAUGGAAGUUGUGAUUAUUCCAGGAGCCAAAUGUGGUGUUUGCGUCUUUUUCCAGUCAAAUAUUGAGAGUGAAAAUCAGGAUGUGGUGUUUCCUCUGAUGCUCACUUGAACUAAAAGCAUUUGAGUUGCACAAAGUGUGAAAUGAGAGAGGAAGCAGUGAAUCUACAAACUGCUGACAAACUUUCACACAUUAUUGUCCAGUGAAAAUCAGGUUUUUGUGCAGCCAGACUUGAUCCUGAUUUGAGUGUUUCAGUCCUGUUCUAGUGAUGAAAUGAGAACUUCCUUCAUCUUGUGUGUGAUGGAGAAGAAUAAAGGACUGUGGCUAAAAA